UCUUUGUGAUCGUCGAUAGCAGAAAGAGUGCGAUCAGCCGGCAAGGCUGCCGAGUGUGUGGGUGUGUGUGCGUGAGGGUCACGUCGCCACCCUGGAGGCGGAGCCAGCAAGUCUCGGCUGGAAGGGCCCCCCAGGACCCCCCUCAGAGCCACACGGUCCCCCCUCUGUUGGUCCCACGGGGUUCCCUAACCCUGCCACACCAAAUACCUUCUCUGGGCCGUCCACUCCAACAUUUAACCCUCCUGGUCAUACACUGAACCGACCCUCUCCGGGUCCACCAACUGGUCCUCAAGGCCCUGCAUCAAAUCCUAGCAAUUUUCCUACGGGCCCUGGUGGCCCACAACCCUUCAACACGCCUCCUAACAGUUUUUCGGGGCCGCCCACCUCAGGCCCCCCAUCUGUCCCUUUUCCUGGCUCUCCCGCUCCUUCAAAUGCCUCCACUCCCGGCCCGGGAGGCCCUUCUCCCUUCCCUGGUCCCCCUGGUGGAGGUCCUCCUACCAGCCUGGCUGCAACCAGCAUGGCUGGACCAGGGCCAUCACCCAUGCCCUUCCCUUGUUCCUCAAACUAUAGUAGUCCCACACCCACGGGACCCCACAUGAAUGGUCCAAACAGUACCAUGGGAAUGUUGGGGCAGCAGCAACAGGCCCAAAUGAUGAAUGGUCCGCCUGGUCACCCUGGACCAUUUCCAGGCCCUGGAGGACCAGGGCCUGGCUUUACUGGCCCUGGAGGGCCAUUUGGUCCUGGUGGUCCACCGUUUGGACCAGGGGGUCCACCUGGGGGCCCUCCUAUGCAUGGCCCUAUGCAUGGUCCCAUGCAUGGACCUGGCCCACACCCAAUGAUGGGACAACUUGGCCCAAUGGACCGGAUAGACCAAGGAAGGUUAGUGAAUGUGGUGUGGCGUUGUGUCUUUUGUAAGUACCCUGUGCUACCUUCUCUUGUCCUGUGUUGUGUCUUUGUAUGUUACUCCUCUCAGUCAUUGAAAGAGUUUUAAUUACUCACAGUGAACAUAGAGCCAAAAGAGUUCAUUAGAGAGGCUCUCACUGUUGUUGCUCUUACUGUAAUUCAUAACAUCAAGACUAAAUAUUUUUUAUGAUUUUUCUAUAUUUUUCUGAAGAUUAGUCACAAAGCUUAUUAAUUGUUUUAUAGUACAGUACUUUAUUUCAUACUACAGUAUUUCUUUACAUAAAUUUUUACCAAACUUAUUCCCUUUGCUCAAUCUUUAUUACUGUACUGUACAUUGUUUACUGAAAGUGACUACCAUACUUGUUGAUGUAUAUGUUUGUAUAAUGUCUCUAUUGUAAUGUGAGUUCCACUUGAUUUUGUCUGUGUGUUUUUUGUUGCUAAAUCCUCAUAAGGAAAUGUUUCUUAUUUAUCAUAUGUCAUAUGCCAUGGUGCAGGGUGACCAGAAUAAAAAAAAAAAAACUUCCUUCACUUACCUUCAUCCAUCCAGUCUAAUUGGUGUGACAGCCCCAUAAACCACGUAAGUUCAGCCCUGUUCCCUAUCAUUCACAUGCUCUGCUGUUUUUUGAGACCUUUCUCCUUCACCUCCAUCUCGAUCUUGUGCUUCCCCUUGCCCACCUACUAUUGACCCAUGAAUUAAACACGUAUUUUACCAUUGUUUCACUUCCCAUUCUCUCGGUAACCCAUACAUUAGUACCCUGGUUAGUAUUAUUAUCUAACCCUUUUUUUCACAUCUCCCGCUAAUUUCAGUAUUUUUUAUUCACUGCACCCUAUAUUUGCCUCAUAUACAAUG